AUGUUGGAUGAAGGUAGUGUUAACAAAAAUCAUGAAGAGCAAACAGCGGCCAAACAACAAUUUGGGGUGCAGCCAACUGAGACGAAGUUCCUGGGUACAACGUGGAAUGAGGAGAAAGAUACGUUAAGUGUACAAAUAGGACAUUGUGAGAAAUGGCCAACGAAGCGCAACAUUUUAAGUCGACUGGCGAAGAUUUAUGAUCCAAUGAGAAUUGCAUCCCCUCAGCUUUUGCAAGGCAAACAAAUCUAUCGAGAGGUGUGUGACCUGAAAUUACUCUGGGACGCAGAAUUGAUUGGUAAAUUGAAGCAGAGUUGGAAGAAGUGGGAAAACACCUUACCAAGCAAAGUGACCGUGCCAAGAGCGGUUCUGUCGUUCAAAGAGCCCGUCUGUAGCUUAGAGAUUUAUGGAUUUGGGGAUGCCAGCGGUGAAGGUUUGUGCGCAGUCGUGUACACGGUCGCUAAACAACCAUCUGGGGUUACUCAGGAAUUACUGGCAGCGAAAUCAAGACUUGCCAAGAGAGGACUGACUAUCCCGAGGUUAGAGCUUGUUGCAAGUCAUAUGGCCGCAAAUUUGGUCUCGAAUGCUAGCAAUGCGCUGAGGCACAUUUCACACAGAAAACACUGCUGGUCAGAUAGUACUGUAGCUUUAUGGUGGAUUAAAGGAGAGGGGGAUUAUAAACAAUUCGUGUCCUAUCGAGUGGCAAAAAUCCGAGCUUCUAAUGAGAUCGUGUGGAAUCAUGUGCCAACAACCGACAAUCCGGCCGACCUAAGAACUAGAGGUGGCAAACUGACUGAGAUGUGGAUGAAAGGUCCUGCCUGGCUAUCAGAGCGUAGUCUUUGGCCACCAGAUCUUACAGUCAAACCGUCGGUUGACUCCAAAAGUGAAGCAAAGGCGACGAGAGUAGUUUUGAACACGGCUAUUCAGCAGUCGGACUUUGCAAUAUUGAGUGAUGUUCUUGAAAAAAAUCCAUUGCAGGAGGCGAUUCGUAUUGGGGCGUGGGUGAAACGAUUUAUUGAUAAUGCUCGACAAAACAGAGAUAAUAGAAAGCACGGGCCACUGACAUCUGAAGAAGUGGAAGAACAAUACAUGUCAUGGAUAAAAAUGGUACAAGCCGGAGUCACAGAAAACCCAAAGUCUCAAACGGAUCUGAUUCAGUUAAAUGUACAACCCGACGAUGACGAGAUUUUAAGAUGUCACGGUCAGAAACAAGGAGAGUUCCCUAUUUACUUGCCUGAUGGCGCUCUAUUCACCAUGAAGUUAGUGGAAGAUGCACACUUGGAAACACUCCAAGGGGGAGUUAUACUUACGAUGGCGAUGAUCGAGAAAGACAUUGGGUUCUUCGGCUUCGUCGACUAG